AUGGCUACCGGCGUACCCAAAAAGACACCUUGCAAUGGUUGCCGAGAAAGAAAACGCAAAUGCACUUACGAACAACCAUGCGAAAGAUGUGUCAAAAAUGGCACCGAAUGCAUAUACACAGUGAUGCCUUCACCCAAAGAUAUGGAAUAUAUGCAAGAACUCGAAUACAUGAAUCAGAUAGAUGCGAUCCAGCAUCAGAUAGCAUGCAUGGAAAACGAAAUUGGCAUUCUGAAGCUAGCGAAAGAGAAUGAAGCCAGGCAGGCUGAUAGGCAGCCGAAACCCGAAUCACCACCAUCAUCCAACUUGCACGAUUAUCCUUCGCCUGUGUCGUUAGGUAAACCAGCACCUGCCUUCUUUGACGAUCAUGCCUAUCGCCACAGACACAAGGACAAAAGCAGCCCUCUGUUCUUUCAGGAUCCUUUUAUCGAUUAUCAGGGGGUCCCUCCUCCUUCAUCGUCAUCAUCAACAAUGCUUCACUACCCAUCAUCGCCUUCAAAAGAAAGCGAGAACCCUUACGUGGAAAGAUUCUACAAACAAAAAAGAGGCAGAAAGAAGCAUCAUUACCAUCUCAUCAAGAGCAACAAUAUCCAAGCUGAACUCACUUCACAGGAAAAGAGCGAAUCAAAGCCGUGGACAUUGACAGUGACGAAUGGCAACAUGUGCAUCGAGACCUUCAUCACAUCGCAUGCACAGCUCAUGUCUUGCCUUGGUGGUAUGGUGUCCACAGCCAUCUAUCAGGAAAAGACAGCACAGCUCCCGUUUCCUUUCAAUAUGGAGCCAACAACACAGACAACCGCCAUGAACAAGGUGCUGGGCAUUUUGAUCUGGAGGAAAUACGGCAAAUCCAGGUUCAAGAGCAUGACCAAACACACGCCUGUUUUAAUGCACUCUGUUGCACCACAACAAAUAUCUCGAGUGAUCCCUGUUGAAGGCCUCACUACCAUCACCAUGCGACUCUUAUUCACCUACUUUCAAUGCCAACACCUACAGCACUUUUCACUGUACGUGCCCGAGUUUGUAAGGCUCUUCAUGAACGACGACCUGCUGAAAUCGCCUGCUGUCAUGGCCCUCUGUAGCAAUCUUUCUCAGCAGUGCUGUCGGCACAUUGUGAACAUUUUACCCUUGGAGGCAACACGAGACUAUGGACUCUACUACUUUGAGCAAGCUAGGCAACUGAUUGAGGACAAAUUUGAUGAGGCCAGUCUGGAAACACUGGUGACAUAUGCCUUCAUGUCCCUGUACAAGCUGAAAACAAAAGACGACAUUGAGGCAGAUCGCUAUUUAUCCAUGGCAGAACGCAUCUAUACCUUGCUGUUACCAUUGCACGAGUACAAGCCCUCGAGCAACCAAGAGCCCUCUGGCGAAUCGAUGCUGUUCAGUAGACUAUUCCGUUGUAUGCACCACUGUCGAUCCGUGCUGGAACUCCAUGCGGCCAUGAGCAGCAUGUUCAAGAUACGUGGAAUGGGCCCUCACAGACUGUUCAAGCUGCUGGAUAGCCAAGACCAAAUCAAGGUACACAUGUUUCCUGGCGAUUCUCCCCGAGAAAUGCAGUUUAUCAAGAUGGGGCACUACUUGUGUACGCUGAGGCAGGCAAUCAAAGACGGUGCUCGCUGUGCUGCAGCUUCAGAUCUCCCUUCUUACAUUGGCGUGUUUGGACAUCAUAUUGAGAUGGGGAUGAGAAACUGGUAUAGGAACACACUGCCAGACGACUAUCAACUAUCGCUGCCACUGUUUGAUGAUCGUAUCAGCGAUUUGGACUUUUUCACAACAUUGGAAAUCGAGUGUCGAGCAACGCCUAUUCCCCUGUUAACAACGUUAGCACUGUACAACGAGUAUCUCAUCAUGGCCAAAUCCUAUGUGCCCAAGACACCUGCAGAGGCACAACUGGAUACAGAGGAACUGAUCAAGAAGUUCAAGGAAAUGCAAUACAACACAAAGCACGAUAUCAAGGGGCGACAAGACCCUUCUUCAACAGCCAGCGACAAGCACCACGACCGCACCCACUUUUGGCUCAAGGUGGUGGAAAAGGUCAAGUACUUUAAACAGUUCCACCAACAGCAGUUUGCAGACCAAGAGCUGGAGCUCUCGGAUGAGGAGUAUCUCACCGAUUUCAUAAAGACGUUGAAUCUGUCCAAAGUCAAUUUUGACAUGCCUCUAAUCCAUACAUCAGUCAAAUCAGCUUUGAACACGGUGCGCAUUGUACAAUUUCUAGUGUCGCACGAUUGUGCAUGCUUUUUGGAUCUGAGAUGGAUCAUGAAUGCUUGGGAAAUCCUGCUGAGGGCUGCUCGAUUCAGAUACCAACAACCAGACGACGAUGCAGUUACUCUGGACCGUAUCCGUGCCAAUUUGUUGUUGUGUUUGUCGAUUGUCAAGGACCAGCUCGACUUUAACGCCCGUGAUCCAGAAGGCGAGUUUAUGGAUGAGAUGAACAAGCAAUUUGAGGAGCUGUUUGCUUAG